UCUCCCCUCGGAGGGCAGCGGACCAAUCACAACCACACCCACACACGUCACGGGGCCGACGCGACGAACUGAUUGGUUGGACCGGGGACGGGGCACAGCCCUUGUCCUUUUAUAGAAGACCCCGUGCAGUGCGUAAAGGGGCUACUGGGCACCGCUGACAGCGCGGAGACGCACAUUGGAUAGUGUACACCUCGGCGAUUCCAUUCCUCCUAACGGGCCACACGGAGGUGCAUGGCCCCAUCUCCUCGUGACACGAUGAAUCCUGUGCAGGGGUCGCCGUCCAAACAGCUUCAUCAGAAAGAGGAGACGGAUACGGAAGGCGAGGAUCUGCAGCCCAAAGACAUGACCACUGACAAAGGAUACAAACUCCAGCGGAGCAGCCUCCCGUUCAGCGUCGAGUCGUUGAUUUCCAAGAAGACCACCUGUCGGACUCCUUAUCCCCCCGCAGACCUGGCCGUGGCCACGCCGAAGCCCGCGCUGGCGCAAGGCGCGCAGUUCUCCCCAAGGACUCUUUACGCGGAGAGCACGGUUGCCGCGGAGAGCUCGCGGGGUGUUUCCUGUAGUCCCAGCGAGGACAGCCCGCAGUUUAGUGAGAAAGAUCAGAGCACUUGGUACAAGACGUCCUCCUUUUCUACUCCGCCUCGGAGCUCAAGUCCAAAUCAGUGCACUCUACGGAAGCACAAAAACAACAGGAAGCCUCGCACGCCCUUCACUACCUCGCAGCUGCUGGCGCUGGAGCGCAAGUUUCGCCAGAAGCAGUACCUCUCCAUCGCCGAGAGAGCCGAGUUCUCCAACUCGCUCAACCUGACGGAGACCCAGGUCAAAAUCUGGUUUCAGAACAGGAGGGCCAAGGCCAAGAGACUGCAGGAGGCCGAGCUGGAGAAGUACAAACUGGCCUCCAAACCCAUGCUGCCCGCCUUCGCGCUGCCGCUCCCCCUGGGAGCGCACAUGGGCUCUCCAACAUGGGGCCCGUCUAACGCCUUCCCGAGGCCCAGCCUGCCGGUGCCGGGACUGUUUGGCGGACCCGUCACUUAUGGGAUGUAUUAUUUGUCUUAGUACUGCUCUGUGUUCAUGUGGACGGUUACAAAAGGAAAAUAACGUCUUCUUCCAUGGUCACAAAACAAUUAUAAGCGGGAUGGUCCGUUUUCUUCACCUCAGACACAGUCAAUUAUUGUACUAUUUUUUUUCUGAGAAUUAUAAUACAUUUUGGUACACAUUUUGACAUGUAAUGAUGUGUAUUAACGGACAGGGACGAGUUCGCUUAGUCUUCUCAUUCGAUGACCGUUCUGUGGCUUGUGGAUCCACAGGCCUAAAUUACUGAGGGGAGAGACAAUACAAAUUGAAAUGUCCGGUUUUGAAACAACACAUUGUCUUAAAUAUCUUACUCCAGCGCUUCCAGCGUCCCGCGCAGUUUGUGCAAGUGGACUUUCAAUGUGUGAAGGCCGUGGUCCGAAGCGGAGUUUUGAAAGCAACAGAAAAGUACUUAAAUGAUGUCAGUGCCUUGGGACCAGUGUAUCACUUGAAGUAUUUGUCGUCAUUCAGACUGUUUCUGGUAAAACUGCAGUUUGCCAGAGUUGCUGUUUGAAUGUUAGUUUUUCCUACAGCAUCGCGAAUUCAAAGGUUUUGUACGGAGCGAAAAAUAUAUUUUAGAAAAACACGUUUAUUAGAUAUUUUUUUACUCUCACUACGUGGCCUUUAUCGGAGGGAAAAUCGCUUUUUCUUUGAGGAAAAUUGCUGUAAAUGUAAAUAAAAAUGUCUAGUGUUUAUAAGCCGCCUCGCUUGAAGAGAAGCAGGAAAUGUGGUAUUUAUUGAAUAUCUUUGUAUCUGUACUGUGUACAUACAUCACUCUAUUCAAAUGUUCAGUUACUUGUAAAAACUGAUUUUAGUAAAUAAACAUUAUA